GUUUAAACACUGUUUGACAUUGUUUGGCACUGUUUGGCACUUUUUUAUGUAGAUUAUUUGUCAUAUAAGGAAAGUUUUGAAGUGUGAAGUUAAUUUCGGGACUGCCCGAAAAGGAAAGUGAGAAGUUAAUUUUGGGACAGAGGGAGUAUUAAGAAAGAAUUGUAAAGUCUUCGGUGGCCGUCUCCCUUCUUUUAGGGUUUUCUUCUCCCGUCACCUUCAAUUCGGUCGUCGUUGAGGGAUGGUGCGGGUUUGGUUGAUUUUUCUAGUGUGCCCUGGGCCUGAUUCAGAGGGGCCCUACGAGUGAUUGUCCUCUUCUUUUGAGGUUGUGGUUCGAAUCGUUGAUUCCGACGAUUCCAGCCACGUUUGUGUUCGAGCCGGCGGCGUUGGAUACGUCGAUGGAUAAAGUUGCUGUGCGGGUGGACGGGGGUGGGUGGUUGAGAUCGCCCUCUGUUUUGAUGGUUCGGAUAGGAUGGGCGGCGUUUGAGUGCCGAAGCUGGGAUUCUUAUCGGCUAUCUUGUAGGAGGCGGCGGCUCUAUCAUAUGGGAAAGUUGACUUUCAUGAGUUAUUCUUUCCUUUCUUGUACAACAGGGUUUGAUUGGGGGGCUCGUUUAUGGUCUACAAGUGUUGUGGGUGCGUUUUUUCAUUUUAAGAAUAAAGCUUCACGGUGCGAGUGUUUGUGUUGCUGGAGCAUGGUUUGUAGCUUCAUUGGUGUAGCAAUUGCAGGGGGCAAAAAGGAUAUAUUGGAAAUUGUGGUAGUGAAUCAACAGGGGAUCAUUCAAGAUGCAGUGUUGAAGAUGAAGGAAAAAAAGAUGAAGUGUCGAUGGUCCAUCCCCCUCCGGAAACACCGCCAAAAAAUGAAGAACAAGAAGAGUUGGAGCUCCGGAAGACAGAACAAGAUUUAUAUUUUAUAGGCUUUUUGCUAUUUAAUUUUUUUGAUCAUAUUGUUUGCAUUUUCUUUGGUUUUUGUUAUUACUUUAAGACUGUGGUUUUAGUUUUGGGUGAUGGGAGGUCUGCUUUAACCGUCUUUGACUCAGUUACGCCCAAUAAUGGAUCAACGAGUUAUAUUGCUUUUUUGGAGAUGAUAAACUCUGAGUCUGGUCCGAGCUGAGGGUCAGCGGCUGCUAGCGGUACAGCCGUUUGUCUUUUUAACCCAUUUGUAAAUGCCGUGAUAUGAAUAUAACCCAUCUCUAUUGACUAUCAUCAAAAUAUAAUAAUUGCCAAAUUCACGACAUUUUGCAUCUUUCACGGGUAAACUAGCUAUGACCCAAUGGAUGUGCCGCUUUAAGAUGAUAUCUGAUCAAUUGCUUUUAGACAUUUGAUUAGUCAUUUAUGUGAAUGGGGGAGCUUUAUAAGGGUGUUGCCUCCAUUAAUUAACUAGUCCAUUUUGAUCAAAUAUGAGUUAACUAGAGAGGUUGAUAGUAUUUGGUAAUUGAUGUGAGUUAUUGACUGGUUGAAAUUUAUUUGACAGUUACUUGGGCAUUAAAUCUCUUCAAAUUGAUUUCAUUACAAAAUUAAAGAUAGAGCUCCCGGAGUUGAAUUUGUGAAGCACAAAGUGAAUAUGGCAUACUUGCUCUAUUGGGAUGGAAGCACUUAGAGAGUUGGUUUUGACUUUUCAUUUUUUUGUUCAUCCCUAGGGGCUAUGUAAAUGUAUGUUAUGAGGAACCAUAAACUCAAUUUAAUGGUAUAUUAUGUAAUGUCAUAUUAUAAGGAUCAUCUUAAAUGUGGAAAUACAGAUUAAAUUAUGUAUUCAUUGUGAUACUUUCAUGUGACUUUUUGUUACAUUUUGUUGCAUGGUUGUGAAGUUGUUUUGUUGCUUUUUAUUGUAUCAUGUUGCUUUUUGUUUAAUCUUAUUUCUUUUUUGUUUCUCAUUGCUUAUUUAUUUGUUGAUUGUAGAUUUUUUAUUUUUGUUGUUUAUUUAGGCUUCUAUUCAUGUUUGUUGGUUCGAAAUAAAAACCACAUAUGUAGCCUGGUGUUAAAUUUUAAGGAAAUCCACAUGAAACAUGAAUAAACAAUAAAAAAUCAAAAUUUGCGAACUAUCAGCAAAAAGAAACAUAAUGAAACAAUAUGCAAUAAAAACUAACAAUAAUAUGCUUGGGGUAUAAUAAUUAAUUUUUGGAACUAAAAAUAUCAAAUCACAUUGUUUAUUGUACUUUUUUUAUUAUGUAGGUUUCCAUCUUUUCAGUGCUUUGAAAUAAAAAUCACUUAGGUACCCUAAUGUUAAAUUUUAAGGAAAUCCACAGGAAACAUGAAUAAACAAUAAAAGAAAAACUAAAUUUGCAAUAAUUUUAUCAACAAAAAGAAACAAAAUGAAACUAAAUGCAAUAAAAACUAACAAUAAUUUUCCCUGGCGAUGAUAAUUUUUUCCAACUAAAAUAUAUCAAAUUACAAAAUUCAAAUUAUAAUUUCUUACUUUAUUAAAAGCAUUCUACAUAUUUCGAUUCAUGUCAUGUGAUGUGCCUAGGUAAUACUUUAUCCUUUUUAUUUGAUCUUUUAUAUGUAUAUUCAUCUCUUUUAUAUUAUCUUUUUUAUAAUAGCUUAUCUUUUUUAUCUUUAUUUUCGUCCUUUUCCUUUUGGUGAUAUCAUAUAUCGAUUCAUGUUAGACGACCCCAAUAUCGUUUGGGACUAAGGCUUGGAUGUUGUUGUUGUAUUAAAAGCAUUCUACAUUUCAGAUAUUUUAAUUGUUUCACACUUCUUAUUUUUGGUAAUAUAAUUUUAUAUUUUCUAGUGGUUUUUAGUCCUUUAAUCGUUUUCUUCUACUUUUUAUAACACUUACUUUUUUAAAAUAUAUGUUUUUAUUUGAUUAUUUUGGAAGUUUUUGUAAUUUAUAUUCUAGAAAUUUUAACUUUCCUAAACAGUUGUGAUGUUUAUCAUAAUUUUCAAUACUUUAAAAAAUAAAUUAUUUGAUUUUAUAUACUGAUUUUUUGCAAUUUUAUGAUUUUAGAUCUUUCAAAAUAUUAUUUACAUUUUUAGUUUUUGAAAAACAAAUCCUAUUUUCUACAUACUCAUACGUAGCAUAUUUCUAUAUUUAUAUUUUUCCCUUUUAUUAAUUUCACAUAAAUUUGAUUUUUUAUAUUUUUAUUGUUUUAUAUUAUGUAUAUAAAUUAUGGAGUAUGAGUUUUAAUGUAAUUACAUUACAGAAAACCCCAUUGUCUUACAAUUUUGUGACGUUUUAAAAUUUUUGAAUUUUAUUUCAACUUUUUCAUUUCUAUGUUUUUUAAAUAUGUUUCUGAUCUAUUUUUAAUAUUUUAAUCCCUUUGUUGAGUUUUUAAUUUAAUUUAGAAGUUUUGAACCUCGAUUUUUUAUAAUGAAUUCUUUUUCUUAUUUUAAGUAUUUUUAUUUCCAAAAUUCCCCCUACUUAUUUUCAUCUUUUUUACAUUUGACUGUUUUUACAUUAUUUAUUUUUUAGAAUAAGAAUUGAGUAAUUCUUAGAAUUUGUAUUGGAACAAAUAUGGUGCGUACAGUGGAGUUGGAACCUCACGUUCAUUUCUUGGAAGUAUAGAUUCCAGCAGGAGGUUAUAUGCUAUGUUGCACGGAUACGGAUACGCCGAUACGCGGAUACGCGAAUAUAAUACGGGUACGGCGAUACGGCAAUUUAAAAAAUUAUAGGAUACGGGUACGGGGUAUAUUUAUAAAUAAUAAAAAUAUAGGGUAUAAUUUGCAAAUAUAUAUAUAAUUCAUGGGUUCAUAAAUAAAAUAAUAAUAGUACAAAAAAUUAACUAUUAUAAUAAAAUUUCAAAGAUUAGUCUAAAAAAACCAAAAAAACAAAAGUACUAAUAUUUUGAUUUAAAUUCAAACAACAUUUUUUUGUUCUCUAUUUGCAUUUACAUCUAUGUCUUGUUUCAAUUAAAACUCAUCAAGCAAUGAAAUGAGAAAUUAUAGUAUUCCAUUAUUUUCCAUACUCCCGAAACCAUCUUUGUCAAUGUUCCACAUGUUGUGGUCACUUAGGCGGCUACUAAAUUUUCGUCAUGUCGUGUAUCAAAUGAGGGGCUAUAGGGUCAGAUACGCGUAUCGGUUCACGGAUAUGGGUAUCGGAAGUAUCGGUAUUUUUAAAAUCAAGCCCGAUACUUUUAUUAAAUUACGGAUACGGACCCUAUACGUACAGGAUGCGUAUCGGUGAGUAUCGAAUAUGGAUACGUAUCGGAUACGCGGAUACGGCAUCGAGGUGAAGUAUCGGUGCAACAUAGGUUAUAUGUACGUAAUACGCGCUAUUUGUGAAAAGUUAAUUAUAGUAAGUUUAUUUUUGAAAUAAGUUUUAAAAAAUGAAAAAUGUGACAUUACUUUGUCCUUGCGAAAAAUUCCCAAAAAAGAUGUGAAAGAAUUACUUAUCCAAAUUCUUUCAAUUCAUAUAAACUGGCCCAUUGCAAAACCUAAGUUACACUACUCCGUAUAUAACAAUGCAUUUUCCAUCAUCCGUACAACUCAUCUAAAGAAUCAUCCGAUAGGCUUGGCUUCGUUACUUUUCGGUGGUUCAUUCGAUGAAAUCCUCUAAAGAAGCAUAGAGCAGGUUGUUAUGGCUUCGUUACUUUUUAGAUGUGAUUUCUUCCUAAAGCCUAUUUUAUUGUUUUUCAUCUUUGGCUAUUGUCCUCUUAUCUCACUAUUUCUGUGGUUCAAUAAAUAAUACUACCUCCGUCCCAUAUUUAUCUUCAUAGUUCGGUUUACGAUGCUUGACUGACGAUAAAGCAACUCGAUCCCUGUUCACACUCGGAUUAUUUUUAGUAAAUAAAAUUUACAUAUUCAGAAACUACAUUAAAACCGCUACAAAGCCUGAUCAAGAAAAUUUAAGUUUGAUAAAAAUUUGAUAUAUAAAGUAAAAGAUUAAGAGUAAUUUGAAUAUCUGAUAAAGUAACUAUGAAGAUAAUUUUGGGACGGAGGGAGUAUCGUUAUUGCUACUACGUAUUUAGUAUUGAAUCACCCCUUUACCCGACCAACCAUAUGUUGACGGUGGCUGAGAGCAGAUCCCUGGAUCUCAGGCCAUGACCUACUAUACUCUCGGGAAUUGGGUAUAUCCCUUACAUCUCUUCCUUUAGUUUGAUUUUUUUGCAUCUAUGCCACUUAUUAUGUUUUUAUCAGUUUUGAUUUGAGAUAUUAUCAAAAAUGGGACUAAAAAAGUUUGGAAAUUCCAAAAUAGGACUUCCAUGUUUUUAUUCCCGAAAUAGGACUAAUUACUGUCAUGUUUUGGCAGUACCAGACUUCAAACAUGGCAGUAUUUUCCAAAUUUGGCAGUAAUUAGUCCUAUUUUGGGAAUAAAAACAUGACAGUCCUAUUUUGGAAUUUUCAAACUUUUUUAGUCCUAUUUCGGGAACUUUCCCUUUUGAUUUGGGUGCAUGACUCCAAUCUGUGAUGUGCGUCUGUGUUUAUGUGUGUGUGUAUAUUCAGAUUUCCUUAAAUUCAUUAUAAUAUGUAGUUCUUAUAUUUUAUUAAAUUUAUUAUAAAUUUGUAUGCUGACAUUUGUUUUGAAAGCGUAUGCUGACGGUUAAGUUUCUGGGUUAUAAGCUUGUAUAUUGAACUUUUAAAGUACGUAGAGCACAAUACCAAAGUGUUUAUUCAUAAAAUGUGUGAAGCCCUGUACUUUCCAAUAAACAAAUGUGUUCUGAACUGGAUACAUGGCCGGUCCUAGGGGGAGGGCAGCAGGGGCGACCGUCCUAGGCCCGAAAAAAAAGUAGAAAGAAAAUUAGGCCCAAGUUUUUUUCUUUAUAUGUAAUCUGAGUAUGCUUCUUUUUUAUUUAUAACUUAAAUUAAUUAAUUAGACCUAAUGUGUAAUUUUUGUUGACAAUUUGAGAAUUUUAAAACAUAAGUAAAAAGUCUUGAACAGAGCUAGAAAAGUUUUAAGGCUAAAGGGUCAAAUAGGUACAUGAACUAACUUAAAGUGUUCAAUUAGUC